UUGACUUGGUUAGCCUUGGUUAUUCGGUUAUUCUGGCAAACUAAUUUGCAACAGAAGUUUAUACAUUCAUUUCCACUAUAUUUAGAAUUAUCCAAAAAUUAGUGAUUCAAAAUGGUUCGUAAACUAAAAUAUCAUGAGCAGAAACUUCUGAAGAAAGUCGAUUUUAUUGAUUGGUCAGUGGAUAAUAAUUUGCAUGAAGUGAAGAUACUAAAAAAAUAUUACAUACAGAAAAGAGAGGAUUAUACGACGUACAAUAAGCUGUCCAGAAAUAUUAGAGAUUUGGCCAGAAAAAUAAAGGAAAUGGACCCAAAAGAUCCUUUUCGUACGGAGUGCAGUUCCAGGCUGAUAGAAAAAUUGUAUGUAAUGGGACUCAUACCGACUAGAUGGGAUUUGAGCUUAGCAGAUAAGGUUACAGCAUCAUGUUUUUGUCGGAGAAGAUUGCCAGUUGUGAUGGUGAGAAAUAAAAUGUCCGAAUCAAUAAAAGGGGCAGUUAAAUUAAUUGAACAAGGGCAUGUGAGAAUUGGUCCAGAACUUGUUAAAGAUCCAGCCAUGUUGGUGAGUAGAACUUUGGAGGACUUUGUCACAUGGGUUGACGAAUCGAAGAUAAGAAAACAUAUUGAAGAGUACAACGGACUGAGGGACGAUUUUGUACUAUAAUAUGAAGUGUUGGCUUCGGAGAGGGUGUUAUGGCAUUUACUUCGGAUGAGGUGAACAGUGCUGAAAGAAUGAAGAAAAGAAUUAAUGAAGGAACAUUUCACUUAGAACUGGAAAUAUAUGACUUUUAAAUGUUUAUGCUUCAGGAAUUUUAAGAUCACAAACCAAAUGAGUAGGGUAUUUUGUGUUCAUUCUGAUGAUAGAUUGUUAAAAAAUAUUACUCUAAUAUAUUUUGUAUAUUGUU